CAUACUAAUUUAUAAAACCCCAGAUUUAUAUUACUGUAAAGGAUGUAUUUUUAGUCUUUGAUCCUAAUUGAGUACUGAUGUUGUUUCUGGCGGUGCUCUUGUUUUUGCUUCAGCAAAUUCUCACUUGUGCACAAAUUUAUAUCCCUGCUGAUAAUAUUGCUCUAGAUUGUGGUUCUUCAACUUCAGGCAAUUCUACAGCACCAGAUGGUCGUGAAUGGACCGGAGAUAACAUGUCGUGGUUCGCCGAGUCCGGUAGCCAAUCAGUGUCGGCCAGUGUCGAAAAGCAUAACAGCUCUUUCCAUGUUGUGCCUUACAUGACUGCUAGAAUAUCUAAAUCCGAAUUCACCUACAUGUUCCCAGUUACUGCUGGUCAAAAAUUUAUCAGGCUCUAUUUCAAUCCUGCUCGGUACAAUGGCUUUGACACCUCUGUCUAUUUUUUCUCUGUCAAGGUAGGCCCUUAUACACUGCUCAAUAACUUCACUGCUUCCAUUACUGCCGAUCGUUCGAGGAAAGGGUCGUCGAUUAGAGAGUUCUGUGUAAGCUUGAUGCAGAAUCAAACACUCAAUGUAACUUUUACUCCCUCUUUGGAGGGUUCUUAUGCUUUUGUCAAUGGAAUCGAAAUCGUCUCGAUGCCUACUAAUCUCUAUUACUCGACUUCAGAUCAUCACGGCAUUAAGUUCAUCGGUCUUGGCACACGUUUCUGGAUUGAUAACUAUACUGCACUCGAGAAUGUUCAUCGUUUAAACGUUGGGGGCCCAUCAAUCACCGCUGCAGAUGAUACUGGCAUGUACCGAAACUGGUACAAUGACAUUGAUAAUCUGAUAGAAGCUGGUGUUGUUCCUAGUAAUACUAGUCUUGAACUCGACUAUUCUAACAUACAUGAGUACACAGCUCCUGCUAAUGUAUAUGAAACAGCUAGAUCAAUGGGAAACAACAGAACAGAGAACUUGUUGUACAAUUUGACAUGGAGUUUACCGGUUGAUUCGGGAUUCAGGUACCUUGUUAGACUCCAUUUCUGUGAAUUUGAUCCGGCCCCAGAAAAGACGAGUGAUAGGCGAUUCCGGAUCUUUAUCGAUAACAAGACCGCAGAGCCAGCAUUCGAUGUGAUCGAAACUGCUGGUGGUAAAGAUAAACCAAUCUAUCAUGACUAUAUGGUUAUGAUUGGAAACAUUGGUGAUAUUAAGAGUGAAUAUUCCCUCUUUAUAGCUUUGCAUCCUAAUAAAGAAUUCAGUGCUUAUGCAGACGCGCUUCUGAAUGGAAUAGAAGUCUUUAAGUUGAAUAACUCCGAUGGCAAUCUUGGCAGACCAAAUCCCGAGCCCAAGUUACCAGAAAAAGGCACCGAGAAAAAGAGUUCAAAAGACACGAAGAGGAAAUUGCUUAUUUUUAUCGGUGUUGGUGGUAUAGGCUUGUUGAUUGUGCUUGUGUUAGUAUGCUCCAUCAUUUGGCGACAUAGAAAGAUGAAGCAGUAUGGUUCACACUAUAAACCAUCAUGUUUUUGCUGCUUGCUGGAUCGUUCCAAAGGGAAAUCAUUUGUCGGGGCGAAAACCUCAUCGCUGCCUGAUGAAUUGUGUCGUCGGUUUUCACUAGAUGAGAUCAAAGCUGCCACUAGCGACUUCAAUCAAGAUUUGAUUAUCGGGGUAGGCGGUUUCGGCAAUGUUUACAAAGGUUUCCUGGAUAAUGGUGAAACAAUAGUGGCCAUCAAACGCUUGAAUCCAGAGUCGAAACAAGGUGCAAGAGAGUUCAAGACCGAGAUCGAGAUGCUAUCCCAGCUUCGUCACAUUCACUUGGUCUCUUUGGUGGGAUAUUGCAACGACAACAACGAGAUGAUCCUUGUGUACGAUUACAUGAUCAACGGCACUCUCCGCGAUCACCUUUACGACACUACCAACGAACCUCUAACAUGGAAACAAAGGCUCAAGAUAUGCCAUGGGGCAGCAAUCGGAUUGAACUACCUUCAUACAGAGGUGAAGUAUACUGUGAUUCACCGUGACGUUAAGACCAGCAACAUUCUCCUAGACCAUAAAUUCACUGCAAAAGUCGCGGAUUUUGGCUUGUCGAAACUUGAUCCGAAGCUCGACAUGCUCAAUACCGGUGUAAAGGGCACAUGGGGAUACUUGGAUCCCGAAUACGCUCGCGGUCAUACAUUGACCCAAAAAUCCGAUGUAUACUCGUUCGGUGUAGUACUACUCGAAGUUUUAUGUGCAAGGAAAGCUCUGGACAAGAGAGUAUCAAUGGAACAAAUGAACUUAGCUCAUUGGGUUAGAAAAUGCAUUGCUGAUGGGACACUUCAUCAAGCCAUAGAUCCAAAGCUGAAGGGAAAGAUAGCUCCACAGUGUUUAAAGGUGUUUGUUGAAAUUGCUGAAAGUUGCAUACAAGAAAUGGGAGUGAAGCGGCCAUUCAUGAAUGAUGUGAUGGAAAGGCUAGGAUUUGCAUUGGAGCUUCAAGAAGCUGCUGAUGCUGAGUUAGUGAAGAGUAAUCAUGGCGAUGAUCAUUGCUAUCCGGACAUCAUUUUUCCGGUCAAUCCCUGCGAUGAUGUCGAUUUCGAAGCUUCAGAUUCUGAUGUUAUUGCAGUUCAUAAUCCCAUUCAUGAUUCUGGGUCUUUUCUAUCUUCUGAUGUAUCAAACACCAGUAAUGCAUAAGGAUUUUGAUUUUAUGUAUAAAUUUGAGUCGCUAAUAUCUGUACUUUGAUAA